AUGAAUGACAGCUCCCCAAGAACAGAGAUCACAAUGCUUCACCAAAUGACUGGAAACACAGUGAAUGCAAGCUGCGAGUAUGCCUUGGCCUCAUGCAACAGGAGCUUGGGUGAGGCGGCGUUGCAGCUGCCCACCUUCUCAGCGGCCGCCAAAGCUCGUGUGAUCAUUACGUUCGUUCUGUGCGCAGUGUCAACCGUAUGCAACCUUGCCGUGCUCUGGGCCGCGAGCACCAAUAACAAACGCAAAUCCCACGUAAGGAUUUUGAUAAUAAACCUUACUGUUGCCGACCUGCUUGUGACGUUCAUCGUCAUGCCCGUGGACGCCGUGUGGAACAUCACGGUUCAGUGGUUGGCGGGAGACGUUGCCUGCCGGCUGCUGAUGUUCCUGAAGCUGGUGGCCAUGUAUUCUUGCGCUUUUGUCACUGUGGUCAUCAGCCUCGACAGGCAAUCCGCCAUUCUUAACCCACUGGCCAUAAACGAAGCCAAGAAGAAAAACAAAAUCAUGCUUAUUGUCGCUUGGGCUAUGAGUGUGAUUCUGUCCGUCCCACAGAUGUUCAUAUUUCACAACGUGACCAUCACAGUUCCAGCCAACUUCACGCAGUGCACAACGCGAGGCAGUUUUGUCAAACACUGGCAGGAGACGCUCUACAACAUGUUUACUUUUGUGUGUCUCUUCCUCUUGCCAUUGGUCAUCAUGAUCUUCUGCUACACUCGAAUCCUGGUGGAAAUCUCCCGCCGCAUGACCAGAGGCAAUGUCUCUUCCAAGGAAGUGCAUUUGCGUCGUUCCAACAACAAUAAUAUCCCGAAGGCACGAAUGAGGACCUUAAAAAUGAGCAUCGUGAUUGUGACAUCUUUCAUUGUGUGUUGGACCCCUUACUACCUGUUGGGCCUGUGGUACUGGUUUCUCCCUGAUGAUCUAGAGGAGACCGUCUCCCAUUCCCUGACUCACAUCCUGUUUAUUUUUGGUCUCUUCAAUGCCUGUCUGGAUCCCAUCACAUAUGGUUUGUUCACCAUCCAUUUCCGCAAGGGCCUUAAGCGCUACUGUCGGAGUGCAACAGCGUUGACAGAGUCAGAGAAUAAUACCACUCUGACUGGCUCAUUCAGAUGCUCUCCAUCACCCUUCAGGAUGAGGAAGCUUACACAGCAACGUCUGGGGACCAAUCACAAUCAGGCUUCCAAACAGAAGAGAGGUCAGGGUAGGAAGCCUCCUCCUCAUAACAGCUAUCUCUCUGCUGAGACCAAGGAAGGCAGCGAAUUCAAUCAGUGCCCUGUCAGCAUGAUCUGA